UGAAUACGCCGCCCCGACACAGGCAGUCUCUCCGCCCCAGUGACUGCCUGGCCCUUCCCUCCGCCAGUUCCGUAUUUCCCUGUGGUCGUCUACGCGCUGUGCCAAGGCGUGCAGACAUGUGAGCGUGUGCGUGAUCACCCAGCGGUAUCUUCGGGAGGCGUUGGAAAUGGAAAUAGUAUUCCCCAAUGAAAUAUGGGAACAUAUAUUGGUUAACCUCCCGCUCAGGGAGCUGCUCACGGCCUCUUGUGUAUGUCGCCAGUGGAGACAUCUAGUGAGAAGACUAUGCCGCCGGCGGUGCCAGGGCCUGCCGCCGCGCCUGCUGGAGGAGCUCAUCCACGAGCAUUGCACGGCGCGCGGCGGCCCAACAGGAAAAGACUCUUGGAGAAGAAACGAGGAGGAGCCAAACUGGCUCGAUGUCGGUCGCAUGUUGAUUCAGACUCAAGUGACGUCACGGGCCGAGGACUGCUGCGUGGUGUCACAGCUGAGCCAGGUCAUUCACCUCGCCGCCGCGGAGAAGUUCGUGGUGGUGGUGACGCGCAACGAGGAGGAGCAGCAGUCGUGCACGCUGAGCCUGGUGUUGGGCUCGGGACGCGUCACCUGCCAAUAUCUAGUCCACGGUAAAGUCAACAAGGUGUGUGUACUGGAGGGCGGCGGGAGACCCUCCGUGCUGUGCGUCAGUGUCAACAAGGAGCUGCUUGGGUUACUCGUGCAGCCCCAGUCACGCGCCCUCGUCCCCAUCACCGUUAGCCCGACCCUCGCGGUGGACUCCAGGCUUUGCUGUGACGGACAAACGCUGGUGGUGUCCCAGCUGGAGGAGGACUACCACCUCUCCGUGUACCGCGCCACCCUACUGUCGGGCCUCGAGCUUGCCUUGCAGUGUCGCAUCCGGACGACCUCGCCGCCAGUCUGCUGGGACCUGUGGAACGGUUUUGUGACCACGAUGAUGCCCAGCGGUCACAUCCACGCGUACACGCUCAGCGGAGCCCUGGUGGCCGAGUCUCCCCUCUACAAGGACCUGCGAUACCCGAACCCGACGCUGCUCUCCCGCGGCCUCGUGCUUACAUCCACCAUCACCUCGCGGACACUCCUCUCCUACUGGCACAUGGACCGUGACCGGGACUACUGGCUGGUGGGGGAGAGCGUCCUCACCAGUUGGGUCCAACGAGGGGCGAACGCCGUGGGCAACACGAGUCCCCACAGUGUGGUCCAACCGGGAGGACGGCCCGGUGACUCUGCUUCCAGAGGGCUUCAGAAGUGUUUUGAAUCCGGCAGCAGUUGCGUGGUGACGCUGGCCAAGGUGAGGCUCGGGGCCGCCGUGCUGCUCGAGGUGACCGUCGUGUACUACCAGCGCGGCCUUGUCUUCUGCGGCACCAGGCAGGGUUACUUGCUGGUGUACAAAAUCCUGGAGGGCUGGUGGGGGCGCGAGGCCGGCCUGAAAUGGGAGGUGCUGGAGACGUGCAUGCCCUCGCUCUGCCUCUCCCUCUCGCGGCGCCCCCUGGCCAGGAUCGCCGCCUGCUUCGUCGAUGCCAUCGUUAUGGUCACCGUGGGAGACAGGGACGGAAACUGCCACAUUGUCUCCAUCCCAACCUCUCUGGCCUCCACGUGAUGGCGGCUGCCGCACUGGCCUGUGGCUCCCUGGCUGUGAAGGGCCGCCUCCCCCCUCCGAAUGCCCCGUCCCUUGCUCUGGGGUACAUAACCUCUUUUUCCCCUUUGACCUGUGAUUUUUAUAGCGUUGAUACCGUUCAAGGACUUCUAACGACGGCACACAGUGAUUCAACACUCACAAUCAUCGACUCGCAUCAAUGAGCAAUUUGUUACCUCGAAAGAGUUUUAUGUUUUUAUCUACCGAGAUAAAUAAAAAAAUAAUAAAACUA